AAAAUUUCGGUUAAUAAUUUCUUUGUAGGGUCUGUUGUAUAAAAGGCAAAGGAUACCUGGAGGUGGUACUUUCUUUGGUGGUGGCCUCACAGAGCGGGGCUUCACAGGAGACCCUACCAGGAAAUAAUUAACACAAAUUGUCAACUCAAAAUCAUUUUUAACACAAAUUGUAAACUCAAAACAAUUUACAGAAAAUGAAAUCAACAUGUGAUAUGGUAAUAAAUACAUCGUAGCUGCGUCAAAAUAAAACAAAAAAGUACAAAAAAAAAAAAUGAAACUACAAGACUGUUGGCAUCAAAAAAGAAAGAAACUAUGCAUUAAGAUAGCCUUUUGUAAGGACUAAAACCUUGUUUGGUGUGUAAUGUAAUUGGAACCCUCACACAAAUUCUAAACAGAAGCAAGAAACUAUCUAAGACUAUCAUAUUUUGGUAGAGCAACCACAAUCAAAUUCUAUGCUUUGGUUGAGAUACCACAAAUGUUAAGGCUCUAAAUCAAUUUCUAAUCCACAGCUUUUAACAUCAAUAAUGGUUAUAAACUGAAAAUAAAUAGAAAAGAUAUAUACCAGGGUUGGCAUGAGCAGCAGAGGAGCGACAGUUAACAUAAGCAGAAGAGGAGCGACGGUUGGCAGAAGAUUCUAACAGAAAAAAAACAACAAACAUCAAUAUCAAUCAACAGAUAAGGAGAAUAAUAAUAAGUUUACCAACAGAAAAGUAAUACUUCCUUUCAGGGACAGGGAUAACAAGCUGGACUCAAUGUCAGACUCUGCAAGGAAAAAAGAUAAAUAAAAAAACACGAUCAACCGUAGUUGAAAACCCUAAAUCAAAAGAAAAGAUUAAAACAAACAACAGAUCCAGCUAUUGUAAUGAAAUGUUGAUCAAGAACAAGGCAAAGAUCAAGAAAACGAAACUUAAGAUAGACAUUGUAAUGAAUUGAAAAAAAAACGAGAAUGAAAUGAAAAGUAGAGAAAAGGAAUGAGAGAAAACCUUGUUUGAAAGAAAAUCCGACCAUUGUGGAGAACUCUAACAGAAAAAAAACAACAAACAUUAAUAUCAAUCAACAGAUAAGGAGAAUAAUAAUAAGUUUAUCAACAGAAAAGCAAUUUUAGGGAUAACAAGCUGGACUCAAUGCCAAACUCUGCAAGGAAAAAAGAUAAAAAAAAAACAUGAUCAACCGGAGUUGAAAACCCUAAAUCAAAAGAAAAGAUUAAAACAAACAACAGAUUCAGCCAUAGUAAGGAAAUGUUGAUCAAGAACAAGGCAAAGAUCAAGAAAACGAAACUUAAGAUAGACAUUGUAAUGAAUUGAAAAAAAACAAAAAUGAAAUGAAAAGUAGAGAAAAGGAAUGAGAGAAAACCUAAGAGAGGGAAUGAAUAGUUUCUGUGAGGAAAUGAAUGGCAACGGAUGGUAUCGGAUCCUCUAUGGUUGAUGUUGGUCAAUCUGCAAGUGCACAGAUAUCUCCGGGUUUUAAAUUAUCGAACUACAGGGAAUUGGAAUGUGAAUUCAGUUUAAGAGUCAAGUUCAAGGUUAAAAGGCGAGUAAAAUUCAUUUUCAAAGGUUGAUUGAUUGUUGUGAUACUUAAUUAGAAAGUUAACAAAGAUAAGUGUGUGAUGAUCAAUGGUAAGAAUGCCUUGGGUUCUUGCUUGACUAAUUCAGUUCUAAUCAACCUAUUCUAUCCACAAAACUUCGAGUCUCUCCUUGAUGUUCUAGCCUAAUCAAUCAUCUAUCAAUGUCUCGCAUAGACAAUCCUCUCAAGCCAAAAGAUAAGCGCAAUUCCUUGAUAACCUAAACAUUUGCUAAAGGCAUUAAGCAUGCAAUUCAGGCCAACAAACCUCAACCCUUUCUCUAUUCCUAGUAGCAAGUAUAGAAGAGGUAAUCCCACAACAAGUCCUUAAUCUAUAACAAACUUCCGUUCAAUUAUAGAAAAGUAUAAAGCUAGCACAUGUUCUAACUUGAAACAUAAAGCAUGGAUAUGAGAUUCAAGGGUUUACUCAGAGGAAUCGUGAAUAGAAAUUGGGAUUAAGAUUAAAACAUCAUAAGUCUUACAAAGAACCCAAAGCAAAAGGGGUUUAGCCAAGCAUGGCUAUAGAAUCCAUACAAGAAAAGAAGGAUAAAACCUGGAACAUGGACUUGGAAAAUGCUUCUCCUCAAGCUCCAGAGCCUAACCCUACUUCUAACUUAUUUAGGAAUGUAUAGAAAUGACAAAAGUUACAAAAGAAAUGACAAAAAGCCUAUUUAUAGGCAAACAGGUCGAGUCUGGGCGCUCAAGCACCAUUCAGAGCGCCUGAGCGCCAAUUCCAAGUGGAAAAAGCAGCUUCUGGAGGUAAUUGGCGCUCAGGCGCUCAACACGAGCGCUCAGGCGCCAAUUCCUUUCUAGCAUCAUGUAAACAGCGAAUCAAUUGGCGCUCGGGCGCUCAACACGAGCGCCUGAGCGCUCUCUACAUGCUAGAAAGCCUCUUGACCUUCUUCUUAACUCCCCUUUAAGCCUCCCUUCAAUUUUCCAAGCCUUUUGAUCUUCUUUCUUCAUCAGUUUUCAGACCUAGCUACUUGGGAACAAAGCAAGGAAAAUAUCUAGGAUUUCCAAGAGUUUAUUAGCACAAAAGACCCUUAAUUCAAGUAGAAAAGAUAUGCAAGUCCUAAACUUACUUAAAAUGCAAGAAAAGUCCCUAUAAUACUACAAAAUUACCAAAACGAAGUAAAGACUCAAAGAAAGAUAAAAAUGCAUGAGAAUGCAUGAAACACUACAUGAGACUCAACAAAAAAGACUCAAAACAAAGAAAGAAAUGACCCUAAAAACACUAUUAAACUAGAGUCAACAGUUGAUCAUAUUUUUUUAUCUUUUUUCCUUGCAGAGUCUGACAUUGAGUCCAGCUUGUUAUCCCUGUCCCUGAAAGAAUCUUCUGCCAACCGAAUUGCAUCCGCCGGAACAUUGUUCACCCGGUAAGUGUUGCAAUUCCGGAUGAACCUCUCCAUGUGAGCAUGUGGAUCUUCUAGGGCACCUCCACCAUAUUGGUUUUGCCUCACCAAGUUGAUGAAUGUCGGUCUCAACUCAAAGUUUCCCACUCCCUCGGGAAAAACAAUGCUCCCGGGAUAGUCAUAACUCAUAGUAGAUGAAGUGAGUUCCCGAAGAGACCGGUUGACAUCCUCAACUUCUUUUUCACGUAAUCGAAGGGUGAUCCCCUCUUGGAUUCUUGCCUCAAUAUGGGCUUGCAUCUCCUCCUCCGUCAUUCGGCCACCCAUUGCGGUGUCUCUCGUGAGAGCAACCUGAAAGUGUGACACUAAAACAAAGAAAGAUUAGUAGCACCAAUUCUAGACAAAGAUAAAAACAAAAAAUAAAACCACAAACUAAAAAUUUAAACCAAAAACCACAAACAAUUCCCCGGCAACGGCGCCAAAAACUUGUUGGUCAAUCUGCAAGUGCACAGAUAUCUCCGGGUUUUAAAUUAUCGAACUACGGGGAAUUGGAAUGUGAAUUCAGUUUAAGAGUCAAGUUCAAGGUUAAAAGGCGAGUAAAAUUCAGUUUUAAAGGUUGAUUGAUUGUUGUGAUACUUAAUUAGAAAGCUAACAAAGAUAAGUGUGUGAUAAUCAAUGGUGAGAAUGCCUUGGGUUCUUGCUUGACUAAUUCAGUUCUAAUUAACCUAUUCUAUCCACAAAACUCCGAGUCUCUCCUUGAUGUUCUAGCCUAAUCAAUCAUCUAUCGAUGCCUCGCAUAGACAAUCGUCUCAAGCCAAAAGAUAAGCGCAAUUCCUUGAUAACCUAAACAUUUGCUAAAGGCAUGAAGCAUGCAAUUCAGGCCAACAAACCCCAACCCUUCCCUUAUUCCUAGUAGCAAGUAUAGAAGAGGUAAUCCCACAACAAGUCCCUAAUCUAUAACAAACUUUCGUUCUAUUAUAGAAAAGUAUAAAGCUAGCACAUGUUCUAACUUGAAACAUAAAGCAUGGAUAUGGGAUUCAAGGGUUUACUCAGAGGAAUCAUGAAUAGAAAUUGGGAUUAAGAUUAAAACAUCAUAAGUCUUACUAAGAACCCAAAGCAAAAGGGGUUUAGCCAAGCAUGGCUAUAGAAUCCAUACAAGAAAAGAAGGAUAAAACCUGGAACAUGGACUUGGAGAAUGCUUCUCCUCAAGCUCUAGAGCCUAACCCUACUUCUAACUUAUUUAGGAAUGUAUAGAAAUGACAAAAGUUACAAAAGAAAUGACAAAAAGCCUAUUUAUAGGCAAACAGGUCGAGUCUGGGCGCUCAGGCGCAAUUCAGAGCGCCUGAGCGCCAAUUCCAAGUGGAAAAAGCAGCUUCUGGGGGUAAUUGGCGCUCAGGCGCUCAACACGAGCGCAUGAGCGCUCUCUACAUGCUAGAAAGCCUCUUGACCUUCUUCUUAACUCCCCUUUAAGCCUCCCUUCAAUUUUCCAAGCCUUUUGACCUUCUUUCUUCAUAAGUUUUCAGACCUAGCUGCUUGGGAAUAAAGCAAGGAAAAUAUCUAGGAUUUCCAAGAGUUUAUUAGCACAAAAGACCCUCAAUUCAAGUAGAAAAGAUAUGCAAGUCCUAAACUUACUUAAAAUGCAAGAAAAGUCCCUAUAAUACUACAAAAUUACCAAAACGAAGUAAAGACUCAAAGAAAGAUAAAAAUGCAUGAGAAUGCAUGAAACACUACAUGAGACUCAACAAAAAGACUCAAAACAAAGAAAGAAAUGACCCUAAAAACACUAUUAAACUAGAGUCAUCAGUUGAUCAUGUUUUUUUAUCUUUUUUCCUUGCAGAGUCUGACAUUGAGUCCAGCUUGUUAUCCCUGUCCCUGAAAGAAUCUUCUGCCAACCGUCGCUCCUCUUCUGCUUAUCUUAACCGUCGCUCCUCUGCUGCUCAUGCCAACCCUGGGUCUUCUGUGAAGCCCCGCUCUGUGAGGCCACCAUCAAAGAAAGUACCACCUCCAGGGUCUGCUGUGAAACCCUGCGCUUCUACUGUAUCUGUGAGGCCUUCGAGGCCUCCAUUUCGGGUCCUUACUCCAGGGUCUGCUGUGAAACCCUGCUCUGUGUCUGUGAGGCCCUCAUUUCGGGUGUGUGGGCGUCUACCAAGGAAUUUUCCUCCUCCAGAUAUUCUAUGCACUUUAACUAUUCUUCAUGCUUUGGUUAUAUGAGCUAGAUUGAAGCAGGGCGUUUUAGGCAGAGACUAUUUGGACCAUCCCUCUUUACUAUCCACACCAUCCCCUUUUUUUAUAAUUUCAAAAAUACCCCCCACAUAGAAAACAUACAAAGCAGUAAAAAAAAUACUCUCACAAUCUCACCUUCUUCUUCCUUCUUCCUCUUCCACUCUCACCUUCCCCCAUCCCUAUUUCAUCUUCUAAAUCAAUAUAUCACACACCUUGAAGCUUCAAAUCAGUGUAGAAGAUAAGUGGGUGAGAUCAAGAGAAGAUUAGAAGCUCAAAAUAGGUGAGAUUUUGGGAUUUUUACGGGUUUUACACGUAAAUCUGGGUUGAAUAUGUGGGUUCUGGUGCGUUCCGCCACUUAAAAUGCGGACGUUUAAUUGCUACCGCUAUUUUAGUAGCGGUAACUUCCGCUAUCUUAGUAGCGGUAACUACCGCUAUCUUAGUAGCGGUAACUUCCGCAGUUAAAAUAGCUGCAACGUCCGCUAUCAAGGUAGCUGUAACUUCCGCUAUUAAGAUAGCGGAAGUUACUGUAGUUUAAAUUACGAUUUUUGUUGCAGGUUCUGGUUUUAGUGUUUGACUUGGUGAAGUUUGUUGUCUAUUAGGAGCAUUAUGGCAUCCCCAGCUGAUCUUAUUGAUUGGGCUCGCGGUGUAGGUAAAGAGAAUGGUUAUGUUGUUAUUGUGAUUAGGUCUGACUACGGAUCUGCAAAAAGGAAGCCUUUGAUAACAUUGGGAUGUGAACGUGGUUACAGCUAUCUUGAUAGCGGAAGUUACAGCUAUCUUGAUAGCGGAAGGUUUUGAAUUUAACAGACGUCGAUUUCCCUUCUAAUGCUCACGUUUGUUGUGUCCGCUAUCUUGAUAGCGGUAACUACCGCUAUCUUGAUAGCGGAAGUUACAGCUAUUAAGAUAGCGGAAGUUACAGUAAUCUUGACUGCGGUAGUUACCGCUAUCUUGAUUGCGGAAGGUUUUGAAUUUAACAUACGUCGAUUUCCCUUAUGUUCUGUCUAAUGCUCACGUUUGUUGGGGGUAUAAAUGUAUUUUUGCACUUAAGGGAUGGUGUGGAUAGUAAAGAGGGAUGGUCCAAAUAGUCUCUGCCGGCGUUUUAUGGUUGUUUUUUUUUUUUUGCUGUUUGUUGGUAAGCUAUUAAUGGUUUUCAAUUACACAGCACAUUGUACCAAAAAUUUCAUAGAGCUAUUAAUGGUUUUCAAUUACACAGCACAUUGUACCAAAGGCACCUGCACCAGCUCCUCCAUCUCCACCUCAUGGCCCCUUUCAUGCCGAUGGGCAGUGCAUUUGGCACUGUCCGAAUCCUGCUGCUGAUGGUGAGGUGUUCUGUGUUGACCAUUUGCCUCCAA